CUCCGAAACGAAACCCACUCAACCAUCCCCACAUCUGCGCCCACUCCAACCACAAGAACACAAGAACCCCAAAUCAUCCUUUUCAGCAGCAAAAGAUGGAAAUGACCACAGAAACACAACGCCUGGAAGCGUUGGCGAGGGAAUGGGAAUGGCUACAAGCGCUCUCUAGUUCCUUCAAGGGCCCACCAAAAUCUGAGGCCGACCUGGAAAAGCGAAAAGAGCACAAGCUUGAAGUGAAGCAGUUUCUGGCCAACCUGACGGCGGAGCAGCGAAACAUGCUCAUUCCCCCCAAAACCAAAACGACGAAAGCCUCUGAAAAGAAGAAGAACACAGGAAAUACGGCAAAACCCAACAACAAGGGGGGAGCGCCCUCCAAGAAACGACGAGACCAGCGGAGAGAAGCUGCACAAGAGACAUUGGAGGUCCUGAAUACAGGACAGUACCACACGGAAGACGGACGCCUGGUUUCCAUUGAACAGGAUCUGCAAGCAUCGGUGGAAGGGACCCGUCUUUAUCGACCUGCCGACCCACUAGAAGAAAGUUUGAUCCGCAAGGCGACAACCUUCCGAGGGCAAGCCUGUUUGGAAGUCCACAACGAAACCACUUUUGCUGGGGCAAGGGCACUGUUGCAACGAAAUGCCGCCCGUGUUUGCGUUCUCAACUUUGCGUCGGCCAAAAGUCCGGGAGGUGGGUUUCUGAAUGGCGCCAAAGCCCAAGAAGAAGACUUGGCCCUUCGAUCGGGUCUUUAUGCGUGCCUUUCAAGAGGGAAUGGUGUUGCCGACUAUUACACGGAAAACCAAACGACCCGCGAUGGAAUUUACACCCACCACAUGAUUUAUUCUCCCGACGUGCCAGUCUUUCGGGAGGAUGGCGAAGUGGGAAGAUUUCUGGAGGUUCCCUGCCAGGUUUCCAUCAUUACAUCCCCGGCACCCAAUGCAACGGUAUUCCAGCAAAAGAACACACGAGUGCGGAGCAAGAAACAUGUCACCAAACAGACGAAUCCACCCGACGACAUGCCAGCAGAGUAUUGGCAAAUAUUCCAGGAGAGAAUCCGUCAUGUCCUCCAUGUGGCUAUUGCGAAUGGCCAUUCGAACUUGGUCCUGGGGGCUUGGGGAUGUGGCGUCUUUGGCAAUGAUCCCGCCAAGGUAGCGCAACUGUUUGCCACCGAGCUCCAGGCGGUGGCGGGGCAUUUGGAAGCGGUCCGAUUCUCCAUUUGGGCGGGUGAUCGUGUAGACGACCCGAAUCUAGUGGCCUUUCAGCGGCAAUUCGCGUAACGAUAGUACAUGUAGAAUGUUCUUCCAGGCAAAAACAAAUACAUAAAGUAGAUUUAGAAUGGGAAAGUGUGAAACUUGGU